AUGGCUCCGCUCCGCUCGCUCCUGGCCGCCGGCCUCUUCCUCUUUUCCUCCGUCAACGCCCAUUUCAGCCUGGACACGCCGAAACCGCUCGAGGGGGACAACAUGAAUGAGGAGCUCGAACCUAACGCGCCCUGCGGUGGUGGCGUUCCCGACCUGAGCAAGAACGACCUGACUGACUUCCACGUCGGCGGCGACUCGGUCCACUGGCAGCUAGGCCAUCCUCAGGCCAAUUUCCUGGUCCGCGCUACCCUCGACUCCAAGGCCGAGGGCAAGUGGACACAGCUCUUCCCGAUUGUGCAACAAAGCUUUCGCGGCGAUUUCUGUGAGCCCGUCGUGACGGCUCCCAAGGAGUGGGCGGGCAAGAAGGGGUUUAUUAGCAUCGCUUGUGCUGCGCCCGAUGGGUUCCUGUUCCAGUGUGCCGCCGUCAACUUUGUCUCCGGCUCCGCGGACGCCCCCAAGAGCUGCACGAACGGGACCCAAGUCACCGGCAGCUUCGUCAACGACGCUAGCCUGACUGCCUUGCUCGACGGCGGGUCCGGCACGACGACCUCCCCUUCGCCCUCGCAAUCGACAUCGACCGGCGCCGCGUCCGCGCUAUACAUCCCCAGCGGGAGCUUGCCUCUGGGUAGCCUGGCCGUGACCGCGGCUAUGGUUGUGCUUGGCGCUGCGCUUCUCUGA